AAUAAUACAACCUUAGAGCUCAUCAUUUUGUAUAACACUUACAGUCAGCCUUAUCUCCACUCUCAAUCUGUCUCCAUCUCUAUUAUAUGGUACAUGCUUGUAUCCCCUUCAAAAGUAUGUGAACUCUGAAGCCACGACUUGUUUUAUUCAACUUAUUCAUCUGCUCCUAGCUGCCCCAAUCCACAGUGCUUUACCCAUUUUAGAUAUUUAGCAAAUAUUUGUUAAAUUUUACAGAUAUUCAGUUGUUUUCUUUUCUCUGCUCUUGAGCAGUGUGGUGGCAGCAGGCGCAGUCUUUAGAUGCAGAAUGACAGCGAGCUUGUGGACUUGUACAUGUGGUGGAAAGGCUCUGCUAGUAACCGCAUCACUGGUGCCAAGGACCAUGCAUCCAACCAGAUGAACGUGGUGGAGGUGGACAAGGUCACAGGCAGGUUUAACGGCCAGUUUAAAACCUAUGCUAUCUGCGAAGUCAUUCGCAGGGUGGGUGAGUCAGAUGACUCCAUUCUCUGAUUGGCCAAGGCCAGUGGCAUCACCUGAUAAAAAUGUUGACUGGAGAGAAUCAUGGCUAUGGAAUGUUUGUCAU